UUGUGUCUGCCUGUGUAUGUUGUAUUUGUUUAUCUGGGCAGUGAGCUGAAGUGAAACCAGAGCACACAGAUGAUGGAUAGUGAGUGGAUGAGUUGGUCUUUUCGCUUUCUGUAAUUCACCAGGAACUCCCAGCUUUGGGUCUGGACUUCUAGCAUAACAGCACCUUAGCCUCUGUGGCUUCAAACCAAAGACCCUGAUAUAACCCCAGCAGAGAAGAAGACGUAGUGAGAAAGUCAGGACGACGGUUCAGAGCAGCUCUUGAGGCGCUCUCCAUUACGCCACACAGACCUCCUGAGCAACCUUAGAAAGAUGAAAACCUCCCUGAUUGUCCUGUUUCUGGUGCUGCACCGAACUGCUGAGGCGGACCAAGAUCCUUCAACUACAACCAUGUACUUACUGGCAUCCGAAAACCUGACUGACACACCAACAUUUAUAACGGAUCCCUCCUUCACGACUGCUUUUCAACAAAACCCAAAUGAUGGCACCAAUACUACAGGUGGAAAGUGUUUAAUUGACUCCAAGAUGGGCCCGAUUGCUAUUGGUUCAGCAGCAGGGUUCAUCAUCUGCCUUCUGAUUACCAUAUCAGUGCUUGCAUGCCAAAUCUGGGUCCUCCAGCGCCGGGUGUACAUCCCUGGAACCCACCGUUCCAACACAGACAUGAUGGGUGGUGCCCACUACUGGGGACCAGAUCAGACGGAGAUAGAAGGGCUGGUUGGCCCUUGUGAUACCACCGUUAUACUUGAGGAGGUGAUGACAGACGACCAUACUCAGAGUGAGAUACAAGAUGCCUUGGAGGAAGCUGGGGCAGGUAUCCAGGAAGGAGGAACAACUUGUUCUGAUCCUGGAGAAAAGAACAUUCAGUUCCAGAGCUCCAGCUCCAGGGAUUCCUGUGUGGUGCUUCCAAAGGAUUUAGAAGACAUGCCUCUUGUUGUAUGAGACGGUAACCCACGUCUGUCACCAUGGCGCAAACAACCAAAUCCGUCAGAUUAUCUUUCCUAAUGUGAUUUUAGAAACUAAAGUUCUUGUAAAACUUAAUCUGGAAGUAUUUCUUAAACUUUUAAAUUUUUUCACUUAAACAAAAAGCAAAAAAAAUAAGUGAACUUUAAUAAUGGAUGAAAAUUGUUUAGUUUUAGAAACAGUCAAAACCUUUU